AUGGCGAACGAUAUUCUCAAUCCUCUCCCGCUUAAGAUCGCGACGGUGGCGUCGUUCUUGCUCCUGUUCUUUGGCGGGUUCAAGUACUUGUUGACCCCCAACCGCGACAUCGGCAACGACCCGUUUGACGUCGACGAGACGCCGUUCUCGGCGCUGCCCUUCCUCUUGUUCUGGUUCUGGACGGUGUUGUACGUCGUCCAGGUCGCGUUCAUCGUCCAGGCGUUUUUGCCGAUGGCGGCGGGCUUCUUGCUGAGAAUCCAGAUUUUCGGCCUUGUGGGCUGGCACUUUGUCAUCUUCAACGUGUUGCACUGGGGCUGGUUGGCGUUGUUUGCCCUGCGCCACUUUGUCCUUGCCUGGUUGGUGCUUCUCCUCAAUUUCGUCAACAUCUUGGUGUUGUACAUUUCCCACAAAACGUUUGCCAUCCGCCCGCUUGGCGCCUGGUUGCUCAUCCACGUCCCCGUGACGGCGUUGCCGUUCUCGUGGUUGUUCUUCGCCAUCUUCUGGAACGGGGCGGUGAUGUUGCACGUCCACAAGUUCGUCGGCCGCGUCAUCAGCAACGUGUUGAUCUGGGACUUCUUGUUGGUCCCCGGGUUCUACCUCGCCAUCUACAACGACUGGGCCAUUGGCUUGUCGCUGUCGUACCUUAUGUUUGCCCUUGGUGUCGGCCAAAUCUUCACCAAGACGUUCGCCCUCCAGUGGAUCUUUGCCUACAUCAUCUCGGCGUUGUUGUUCGUCGCCUCCGCCGUGGUGGCGUUCACCGGCUCUCCCGAAGUGAUCGAGGAAGAAUCGGCUCCGUUGUUGACUGCUUAG